AUGGACAACAGCCAGGCGCAAUUCCGCCAACAAAUACAAACACCCUCCUUUCAAUUCAACCCCAACAACAAAUUCAGAAGAGAUCAUCCCCCCAGAUCUUUUCCAGCGGUCACCAUGAACCCAAAUGAGAUGUCGAUGAAGACAGAGGCCGUGGGAUUAGGGAUGUGGUCGUCAGCAACUACUCCUCAAAGUGUAACGAGACCUCGUCCAGCAACGAUACACGAGACAGGAUUCUCGUACUGCAUGCCAGAGGAGUACACAUCACUGCCAGCGUGGGAUUCGUCAACUAUGCCUAUGCAACAACUCAAUGAUGGAGUCCCUCAGACCUAUUCAGUACAGCAAGAUUUCUACCCUCCUUCGACUUCUGCUAGCGAAAGCAAACCCUUCCGCGCUCAAAGACAAGGCAUCUACGGAGCACCGUAUAUGAGUGAGAUCUCAGAUGGGUGGCAACAGAAACCAUGCGACGAUGGAAUCGAUCUCCAGGGCCUCGACACAGACAUGAAUAUGGGACAACCGUAUUCAUCUGAUGAAAGUGCGCCAAUCCUUGACUUGAGGUAUCCUGGACCUGGAAUGGACAGUGAUCGUCUCAGCCUUGAGCAAUCGUACAGCUCCAGACGUAUGUCUGGUUCAUCGUUCACCAUGUCGACUACAGGAGCACUGUCUGAGAUGCCUUCAUACGAAGACUUCUCUGCAACGUUAUCAGAGGCGCCUUCCUUCAGCUCAGACUACCCACCGCCAUCGAAUCGAAACUCUUUGAUGUCUUCAACACAGCUCUCACCUGUCGCAUCGCCAAGGAUGACACCUCAGAACAGAUCUGAACUUGUUCGAACCCAAAGUCGUGGCCGAGCAUCCCCUUCUCCAAGGCCAAGCAUGCGAUCAGCACCAUAUACCAUGGACAGUACUCGCAGCAAGAGAUGGUCGACUGGAUCCUACGCUCCUUUACCUAACCGACGACCAUCACCUUUCGUCUAUCACCAAGGGCACGAGGUAUUCACACCUCACCCACCAAGGAUGUCAUCGCGACACUCAUCACCAACAUUACCAAACACUCAGCUUCCUCUGAACCUGAGCAAUUUGCAACAAACGCAACAACAACAUCCAUUUCUUAUGUCAAACAAUGCUGGCUUCCAUCGAAACAGCAUGCUUCUCCCCUCACACAACUACCACGAACCCCACCAAUUUGAGACACCACCACCUCUCCUCUCCCAUGGACUCUUUCGCAUGCUUCAGAGCAAUGCGGAUCCACACUCCUUACACUCACACUACACGGACCUAAGCGACCCACCUGACCUCUACGCUUCUCUCAACGAAGAGCAAGUCCCGCCGCCUCCAGAGGACAUGAACCCCAGCGACCCUGAUCUGAUUCCACACGAGCAAGAACUUCGCUUCGACGGCGACCUUUACACACCCCGUUGGGUGCGCGGUCACGGGAACAAGCGCGAGGGCUGGUGCGGGAUCUGUAAACCAGGUCGUUGGCUCGUACUGAAGAACAGCGCGUUCUGGUACGACAAGAGUUUCACGCAUGGCAUCAGUGCGGCGACCGGCAGCCCAUUCCAGGAACCGCAAGAGACGCGGCGCAUGGAUGGAAAUCCAGAUGUUUGGGAGGGCUUGUGUGGAAGUUGUAAUGAGUGGGUUGCGUUGGUGAGUUCGAAGAAAAAGGGAACUACAUGGUUUAGGCAUGCGUAUAAGUGUCACACCCAUCCGAAGAUUAAAGAUGCUCCCAAACGCCGCCGAGAAAGCAGCCAUACGCGCGCACUAGGCGCCUCUCAAAUGGCCAAACCCAAGACCGAGACUCCGAUGACACCGCAAAUGACGCCCAGCAGCUCAGUAAAUAACACUCCUGCAACAGGACUCCUGGGCCACCAUCAGCAGCAGCAACCACCGCCCGUCCCGCCAAUGUCAGCACAACGGAAAACGAUCUCGCCGCUUGAGAGUCACACACCUCGUCCGCCCCUCAAGGUUCAUCUUUAA